AUGUUAAUUAAGAAGUUUUGGAAUCACGUCCUUAAGGGCACCUGUCAUCCUGCGAGGGAACCAAGGGAAAAGGGGUUUGUGAAAACGGAGUUUAUCGUUUCGAAAUCAUUUUCAUCUUCUCCCUUCUCUCUCGACGGCGAAUCUCACCGAAUCUCUCUGCCAAUCUCUCCGCCAAUCUCUCCGCCAAUCUCUCCGCCGAUCUCUCCGCCGAUCUCCGCCGAUCGCUCCGCCAAUCUCACCGAAUCUCUCGCUCACUCCACCGAUCUUUCCGCCGAUUCGAAUCUAAACCAGGUUAAACUCAUGGGACUUGACUACAGCUACAGCCAGCCUUCGGAGUCUGAGGAUUAUGGUGGAAACUCAGUCGAUAGUGGCUUCAGCGAAACGGAAGAUCUAAUUCGACGUGACCAAGCUGAGAUAAGCUAUAAUGCUCGUUCACCGGUUCAGUACCCUCCGCAACCCGAGGUUGACUCUGGAUUCCCGCAGACAUGCUACUGUGGUGCUCAGCCUCUACUUGCAACAUCUAACAGUAGGAAUGAUCCAUGUAACAUCUAACCUAUGUACCAAUGA